AUGUCUGUUGGUACACACAUUUGUCGUUUGUGCCGCAUAUCCUGCCCUGACAGCAUACGAUUAUGUGAUGCUACUGGUAAAACAAAUGAAAUAUACACCAUUGCCGUAAAAUUCUUUCAUCCAUUGUUUCUGAAAGCUGAUAAAGAACACACGCCCAAUCGAAUUGUUUCCUUAUGUACGAAGUGUUGGCAGCACAUUUCCGCAUUUAAUAAUUUUCAACAGUCGGUACUGCUGCUGCAUACCAAUCUGCAAACCGCGGCAGAUAAUGCUUUAGCUCGUGGUCAAUUAGAGCAUUCCAAUGAUGAUCAUCACAUCGAUAUAAAAACUGAGAGAAUACAAAUCGAUAGCGAUGAUGGUGACGAUAGAGAAGUCAGUCGAAAUCACCCACAAAAUAAUAACACCGGUCGAUUGAUUGUCAACGACUAUGCUAUGGAAUUUCCAGGUGCAACGUCUACUAACCCCAAUAUAUCAUCGGAAAAUGAUGACAGUGUUCCAUUUGCAAUUGAGAACGUUAGGCAUAUCGACGAAGAAUUUUCCCAUCAGUCUGGGGAUGUUUUUAUUGUGAAUGAGCUAAACGAAGAAAUGGAAAACUCUUGCAGCUCUUACAAUGACUACUUACUGGAAAGACGUGACAUUCAAGAUUCCUCAGACCCGGGUAAUAACAUCAAUGUACCAUAUAGUAGAAAAAGCCGUCUGUCUCAGAAUGAAAAUGAAAUUGACAACAUCAUAGCCAAAUGGAGACCGACUUUACAAUGUCAAUAUUGUGCCGAGACAUUUGCCACAUUUACACUAUUGAAAAUACACAAUCUCAACGAACAUCCCAAUGAUGAGUUCUUCAUUAUGUGUUGCAAGCGAAAAUUCAAAGUUCGCUAUCGCAUCGAAGAGCAUGCAAUUAUGCAUCUAAAUCCCGAGGCGUUCAAAUGUCUGCUGUGUGGCAAAUGUUUUACAACCAGAUUUGGGUUAGUUACACAUAUGGCUCAAAAUCAUCCAGGGGCCACGAAGUGGGGUAACACAGACCACGUUCAGCCCAAUAACUACCGUUUCAAAUGUUCUCUUUGUGGAAUGUCGUGUGCCGAUGAAAGAGCUCUUCGCAAACAUUCGAAAAUGCACCUGAGUGGAAAACAAUAUCACUGUCAGUACUGCAGUAAAUCGUUCAAACUUAAAAGCGGUUUGAUACGACAUUUUGCAUUGUUCCAUCCUGACAAACCAUCGGUACAGCCAUCCAGUACGAUAAUACAGUGCAAAGUUUGUCCAAAGACCUUUAAAUAUCGCACGGGAUUGUAUUAUCACGAAAAAACAACGCAUCCAGAGGAAUUUGCCAAAAGACGGAAGAAAAACAGUGGCGGUCGUAAGGUACCAGAGGAAAGUAAAUAA